GUUAAAAGACCUAAAAAGACCAAUUAUCGAUACCGAGAAAGUAAUCAGGUAUAUCAUCCGAGAACGCAUGUUCGUUCCUUUUAUUUCGAUGUUUCGUCGUUGCAGACUCUCGAUUCCCCCACCUGUUUUUCCUUCUCUCCGUCCGCCCUUCUCUUCUUCUUCGUCUCUGGCUGCUAGAUACUUCUCCAAGGAUCCUGAGUUUGACAACUCGUCACUAACUCAGACCACUACUGGGUCUUCUAAGGCUACUUUCCCAGAGGGCUGCGACUACGAGCAUUGGUUCGUUCUUAUGGAACCUCCCAAGGGAUACCCUGUUCGGCACGAAAUCAUCGACGGAUACAUCCAAACCCUUGCCAUGGCCUUGGGAAGCAGUGUGGAGGCAGCCAAGAAAUCUAUUUAUUCAAUUUCUACGAAGUACUACUAUGCUUUUGGGUGCAGAGUACCUGAGAAGCUAACUUGCAAGAUCAGAUCCCUACCAAAUGUGAGAUGGGUUCUACCCGAUUCUUACCUAAACGCCAGUGAGAAUGACUAUGGAGGAGAACCAUUUGUUGAUGGAGAGGCUGUUCCAUAUGAAGAGAAGUAUCAUGCAAUCUGGCUUUGGGACCAAAAUGAUGCCAAACACAAAAACCAAGAUCAGUUAAGCAACAGUAAAAAGAAAAGAAAAUAAAGGAUGUCUCUGUUAGAGACUUAGACAUGGGAUUCAGGUCCUUUAAGAUUGGACAAA